UGAGUUUUUUCCGUUUGAAUUCGAUUAAUUUAAUUUAAAAGUCUAAACCGCCGAUUCUCCAAAAUUCAAAUUUCUCUUUCCUCUGCCACAAAGGGAAAAAAAAAAGGAAAGAGAAAUUCCAAGCUCCCCCCGCUUUGCCCCCAACUCAGUCCGCCUCCGAUCCUUCAAUCUCGACCGCAUCUCUCACACCCGGCGGCGUUCCGAUCCAGAAAGCACCUCCGCUUUCCCCACUUCGACGAUGAGCGAGCCCAGUGAGAAUUUCGGCCUCGAGGAUAACCGUCUCGGGCUCUUCGACGUCUCCUUGGAGGACGAUUGCCUCUAUGCGACCUCUUCUCCGCCUCGCCAAGACUUUCACUUCUCAGAUGAUUUGUUGGACAAUGCUAGCGAUCUGUCAUUAAACCUUGUGGAUUCUCAGAGUCUUCAAAGCACAGAGUGCGGGGAUGAUGCCAGGGAACAUCAGCCUCUUGAAUCGUUAGAACCGGAACAGACCAAGAAAAAUAUGAAGUACAACUUGCGCAAAAGUUUAGCCUGGGACAGUGCCUUCUUCACGAGCGCAGGUGUUCUGGAACCAGAUGAGUUGUCUAGCAUGAUGGGGAAGACUGAGGAAAGAGAGAUGUUACCUGGAAUUAGAGAGGAGUUAGAAAGAUCAACUGAUUCGUUAUCUACCUUGGCAAGUGAGGGUUUGACCAUGGAGAAUCUUGAGGGUGAUCUUUUUGGUGACAUUAGAGCAUCAAUCCAGAAAUCAAGUGGAUCAUCUUGUGUGGCAAGUUCCAAGCCCAAUUCUGGUACCAGAACAGGAUCUGUCAAGGCUGCAACCCCAGCAAAACAAUCUCCAAAAAAACUGGAGGAAGCUUCUGAAACCAAGCUGAAACCUAAAGUUUCUUCAAAGAAGACAGAUGUUGUCAUCCCAGGAUCACGGAGAACAAUGAAGAACACAUCUACUGUUACACAAGCUCAGCAGGCACGUUCCUUUACUUGAUAUAAUUGGCAAUUAUAUUGAUUUGGCAUUACUAUCUCUCUUCCGAGGAAAAGUACUUCUGCAAGAUUUUCGACAUUUGAUGAUAUUUUCAUUUUCAUUUUACUGACUUGUCUGAGUACACUCAUUUGUCAGUCAUUAGAUCAGUAGCAUCACUGAGUCUGCAUUACGUUCGACUAACAAUGUUUAGCAAUGCAGUCUCUUGAAACAAAAAGAGAAACAACGUCCCUGUCUAAGCCCCCCAAGAUAGCUGCCAGAGUUGGCAUCUCAACAGCAGCCAAGAAAGGUCCGUUGAGUAACACCUUUGCCAAAUCGGAAAAGGACAAAGGAAAAUGUUCAGCUAGCAAUUCAGCAAAUACGAAAGACUUGACAGGCAGAGUGAAAAUACCCAUUUCUGGUGGUUCAAGGAAUACUGUGUCCAAGCUAUCGCCACCUUGGCGGUCUUCUUCGAGUUCAACAAAGACAGAGUCAGUAGUCUCUUCUUUUGAUUGUUCUGAAAGCGUUUCAUCUGAUGGUGGUAGCAGCAGAUCUUCCUUGAGCUCUUUUACACGAAAAGUAGACCCCAGGGCUGGUGGUGGUGUUCCUUCUUCUAGCCUCAUAGCCAAAGCCACAUCAAGAAUCGGUUCAAAAAGUAAAAACCACUCAACAAUCCCACAUCGCUCGCCUUAUCUCAGGUCUGUGGGCAAGCACUCUCCAAACAUUUCACCCGCCAGCUCAGUCAGUGAAUGGUCCUCGGAGUCAAUAUCACUGUCACCAACUUCAACCCUUAACAAGAGGUCCAAUUGUUCAAGAUCUAGCAUCGACACAGCCUCUUGUGUAGACCCUUAUGAAGAUGAUGAGAGUUCCCAAGUUUCAGAUUCUCCAAGCCAUUGUAGUGAACCAGGUGCAGCGGGAAAUCAAGGCGGUCAAUCAUUGAGAAGGGUCUCUAAAGAAAAUGGUGAACUUCUUACGGAGUCAGCUAAGCCCUCCGGCCUCAGACUACCAUCGCCAAAAAUCGGUUUCUUUGAUGGGGCGAGAUCAUCCUCGAGAAAUUCAAAUGGGAGUUCACAAACAAAACCAGGGGUUGUGCCCAGUGGAUUACCGAGACCAGGGGGAGUUCUCCAUGGAAACCUAGGAAAGCCAGGAAAUCUUCAAACUGCUAAAUCUGCAACAACGCCAGCCAGGACUCCUAGAAUUGGCACUCAGCAACAGUCAUUGAGCAGCUCCAAGUCAAAAUCCCAAGUGUCUAAUAACCAGGCGCCUUCAAUGGCUGUACCAAAGGUUGGCAGCAGCGGCCUUCUAAGAAGUGCAAAGCGCUCUCCCAGCAUAUCUCCCAGAGUGCAAAGUAAGACAUCCUCCCCUGGAAGCAGUGCGGAGAAGAAUCCAAAGCCCGUGAAAGUCACGCCUAUUGAUGAACAGCACACUCCCUUUGUGCUUCCAUCUACCAAAAGCAUAGAAAAGGUUGGUCUGGAGGAGAAAGUUUCAUCUUUUGAGUGUGAACACAAGGAGAGUCAUAGCAUGGUAGGUGAUGUUGUUGCAAUGAGUAGAGAAAACAGUCCUAGUCAGAAGGAUAUGAACUGUUUUGAACAGUAGCCGAAGAAAGCUUAUGGUGAAGCUCCUCAAUCUGUCCAUGAGGUUCAUAUGCGGAAUGAAGAACUUGCUGAGUUGUCAAGUGGAUUAUGAGGGAGGAUAAGGGUCAGGAGGUGGAAGACUGCUUGCCCUUCAGGGGAGGGUAGGGAGUCCCUUUUAUCUUCGGAGAAGGCAAUAGGUUGAGUAGAGGGCAUUUAUUUUAUGCGGGAGUGGCUCUAAUAGUAGGUUAACUAGCAGCAGCUAAGUCAUUUGACAGAAGUGUUGGCCUGCUGACCAACAAUUUAUCGAUCUAUGCUUCGUUACUGUAUGAUCUGUUUAACUUAUUUCCAUUCUUGUGGAAGUAUUCUAUUCAAUCUUAGUAAUGGUGCUUGACUUAAUGUUGUUCUUGUGGAAGUAUUCUGUUCCAAGUUUCGGAC